UCGAGUCCUCGUUAACCUAUUCUUCUCUUUUCUCUGUCUUCGCGGGGACCUGCUGCAGGUGGAAAUCUUUACCAUUUCUUCAACGGUUCUACCCUUCCCUCCUCCGUCACUGUCAGAGCGUUCACACCUUAUUCUCUUGAUCUCUCCACUUCUUCUUCUUCAUCCUUUCAAGCUGUCUUCAGUUGCAUUCAUGGUUUUUUUGGGGAAGAAGGUAAGCCCUUCAGAACCCAUUUUUCUUCCUGCCUUCCUUUAGCUCCAACGGUCAAGUUUUAUUUUCUUAUUUUCUUAUUUUUUUUUUUAAAUUCUUCUGGCCGAGUGAUGGUUUCGGCUCUGGUGUGGUUCGUUUUUCUUCUUCUGUUCAACUCUUCUGUUCUAGUGGGUUGUUUGAAUGAUGAAGGUGUUGCUCUUUGGUCAUUCAAACAAUCCCUUCAAGACCCAGAAGGUUCUUUGAGUAACUGGAACUAUUCCGAUGAGAACCCGUGUUCAUGGAAUGGGAUUACAUGCAAAGAAGAAAAAGUUGUUUCUGUUAGCAUACCAAAGAAGAAACUUGGUGGGUUUCUCCCUCCUGCUCUUGGAUCGCUUACUGCGCUUCGGCAUGUUAACCUGAGGAAUAAUAAGCUCUAUGGGAGCUUGCCGGUUAAACUCUUCGAGGCGCAAGGCCUCCAAAGCCUUGUACUUUAUGGGAAUUCUUUGUCUGGGUCUAUUCCUUCUGAGAUUGGCAACCUCAGCUACCUUCAGACCUUGGAUUUAUCUCAGAAUUUCUUGAAUGGUUCGAUACCAGCAUCACUUCUUCACUGCAAGAGAUUAAGGACCCUGGGUCUUAGUCAAAACAAUUUGACUGGUGCUCUGCCAGAUGGGUUUGGGGCUAGUCUGGUUGCUCUGGAAAAACUUGAUCUUUCCUUCAAUAACUUGAGCGGUUCAAUUCCUGGCGACAUGGGUAAUUUGUCAAGCCUGAAGGAAACUGUUGAUCUGUCUCACAAUCACUUCACCGGUUCAAUCCCGGAGAGCCUUGGUAAUCUUCCUGAGAAGGUUUAUAUUGACCUCGCUUACAACAAUCUAAGCGGGCGGAUACCCCAGAAUGGUGCUUUAGUGAACAGAGGACCAACGGCGUUUCUCGGCAACCCAGGACUUUGUGGGUCUCCAUUGAAGAAUCCGUGUCCUCGGGACACUCUUGGCGCGAGCCCUCCAUCGUCGCUUCCUUAUAUACCUACGAAUGGCUCACCUAUGACACCGGACGGUGGUGAUGGUAAAGGCAGAGGGCUGAGUAAGGGAGCUGUCGUUGCAAUCGUGGCCGGUGAUGUGGUUGGCAUUUGCUUCAUUGGGUUGCUCUUCUCUUACUGUUACUCGAGUGUGUGUGCUUGUAGGAAACAUAGAGAUGAGGACACUGGUAAUUUUGAGAAGAGCUCAAAGAGGAGAAAGGAGUGUUUAUGCUUUAGGAAAGAUGAGUCCGAGACACUGUCGGAAAAUGUUGAGCAGUACGACCUUGUGCCGUUGGAUAUGCAGGUGAGUUUCGAUCUGGAUGAGCUUCUGAAGGCAUCUGCCUUUGUUCUGGGCAAGAGCGGAAUAGGGAUUGUCUACAAGGUUGUGCUUGAAGAUGGCCUGACCUUAGCAGUGAGAAGGCUGGGCGAGGGAGGUUCUCAAAGGUUCAAGGAGUUUCAGACUGAAGUAGAAGCAAUCGGGAAGUUGAGGCAUCCCAACAUUGUAAAGCUAAGAGCCUAUUACUGGUCCAUCGAUGAGAAGUUGCUCAUCUAUGACUACAUACCCAAUGGCAAUCUUGCUACUGCAAUUCAUGGGAAGGCUGGAAUGGUAUCAUUUACGCCUCUACCAUGGUCAAUUCGAUUGAAAAUCAUGAAAGGAAUAGCAAAAGGCUUGGCUUAUUUGCAUGAGUUUAGCCCCAAAAAGUAUGUCCACGGAGAUCUGAAGCCCAACAAUAUAAUGCUUGGACAUAACAUGGAACCUCACAUUUCUGAUUUUGGACUAGGACGCCUUGCCAAUAUAGCCGGAGGAUCCCCAACAUUGCAGUCCAAUCGAAUGACCUCUGAGAAACAGCAGCAACAAGAAACACCAUUUGAAGUUGCUUCAGUUAGUCCAACCAUGAACUCCGCAUCCUUUUAUCAAGCACCUGAAGCCCCCAAAAGUGUCAAACCAUCACAGAAGUGGGAUGCUUACUCAUAUGGGGUGAUCUUAUUAGAAAUGAUAUCUGGGAGAUCACCAAUAGUUCAAGUUGGUACAACAGAAAUGGAUCUGGUUAGAUGGAUUCAACUCUGUAUUGAAGAAAAGAAGCCACUGUCAGAUGUUGUAGACCCCUUCAUGGCUCGAGAAUCAGAGAAGGAAGAGGAGAUGGUUGCCAUGUUAAAAAUUGCUCUGGCAUGUGUUCAGGCCAACCCUGAGAAGAGACCUUCAAUGAGGCAUAUCUGUGAUGCUUUAGACAGAUUGACUGCCUCUUCGGCUUGAGGCCCAAAUUGUUGGGGCAUCCUUUCAUCAAACGUGAAAUGCGUUCAUAUUCACGAGGCCAUAUAAUGAACGAGUUCUCAGUGAGAACUUGAUCCACUGUAUCUGUUGUGCCAUGAAUGGAGUAUAUAUGGAGAGACGGGAGUGAGAGGAAAGUUCUUUUGGUGUGGAAAGCAAGAAAGAAAAUAAGAAGGAAAAACAACAUUAAGUUUUCCUUGGAAUUUAGUUGAACAGGGAUUAAGGAGUUCUGAAUCGCUGGGGGACCUCUCCUUUCUAAUUACAAGAGGUCAGUAAUUAGGUGAAAGCAGGUCAUGGUGGUUGUUCAUAUAUUGUGUUUUCUAUUGUUUUUCGUCCCUCAUGUUCUUUCCCAGUUCACCCUAGUAGCUAGUAAGGUAAAUAUAUGGUCGAUGUAAUUGCUUUGAUGAUUGGGUUUAUGAAGAGAACGUCUUAUUCUUAUUGUUCUAUAAUAUGGCUUUGUUUCUUUGUUUUC